GAGCGGCGGGGGCGAGGGCUGCUCCCGGCGGGGGGAAGCGGGCGGGAAGGUGAGCGGCCGUGCCGGACUGCGCGUCCGUGCCGUGCCGAGCCGAGCCGUGCCGGAGGGGAGCGAGCGGCUCGGAGCGCCCCGGGCUGUCCCGGGGCUCGGCGCUGCCCCGGAAGGUCCCUCGGUUUGAGUCUUUCGCAGCGCGGGUUAUUCAGCUAUAGUUAUGAACUCCCGUUUACGAGCCUUAGGUGGGAGGAUAAAUAACAUACGAGCAUCAGAACUACCAAAAGAGAAAACCCGAUCAGAGAUAAUCUGUAAUGUCCACUUUUUGGAUGGCUCAGUACAAAGCUUCAAAGUCAACAAACAAGACACUGGACAGAUUUUGUUGGAUAUGACCUAUAACCAGCUGGGUGUGACAGAGAAGGAAUAUUUUGGUUUACAGCAAAAUGAAACUUCAGUAGAUUCACCUUUUUUCAUUUCACAGCGAUGGCUUGAACCAAACAAACCUAUUAGAAAACAGUUAAAAGGAGGUUUUCCCUGCACCCUUCGUUUUCGUGUAAGGUUUUUUAUACCUGAUCCUAACACACUUCAGCAAGAACAAACCAGGCACUUAUUCUUUCUGCAAUUGAAGACUGAUAUUGUGGAAGGAAGGUUAUCGUGCCCCAUUAGUUCUGCUGUUGUCCUGGCAUCCUAUGCAGUACAAUCACAACUUGGAGACUAUAAUGCUUCAGUACAUCAUUCAGGAUAUCUGUCAAAUUACAACUUUAUACCUGAGCAGAACAAAGAUUUUCUGACCAAAGUAGAAUCUCUACAUGAGCAACACAGUGGCCUCAAGCAAUCUGAAGCAGAGUCCUGCUACAUAAAUAUCGCACGGACGCUUGAAUUCUAUGGAGUGGAAUUACACAGUGGUAGAGAUCUCCAUAAUCUAGAUCUUAUGAUUGGGAUUGCAUCCGGUGGAAUUGCUGUGUACAGAAAACUCAUCUGCACAAGCUUCUAUCCCUGGGUGAACAUAUUAAAAAUUUCCUUUAAAAGGAAAAAGUUUUUUAUACAACAACGACAAAAACAUAAUGAAUCCAGAGAGCACAUUGUUGCCUUCAACAUGUUAAAUUACAGAGCAUGCAAAAAUCUGUGGAAAUCCUGUGUAGAGCAUCACACGUUUUUCCAGGCAAAGAAGUCACUACCUCAUGAAAAAAAGAUUUUGUCACAUUAUUGGACCCUGGGUUCUAGAAAUCCAGCAAAGUCUGUAAACAGCCAGUACUGCAGAAAAGUUAUAGGUGGGAUGGUUUGGAACCCAUCUAUGAGGCGAUCUUUAUCUGUUGAGCAUCUAGAGACCAAAAGCCUUCCUUCUCGAUCACCUCCUGUUACCCCUAAUUGGCGGAGCCCUAGACUGCGUCAUGAAAUUCGUAAAGCACGACACUCAUCUGUAGAUAACCUUACAAAUGAGAUUAGUUAUAUUACUGAAACGGAGGAUGUUUUUUAUACAUAUAAGGGCUCUCCAACAUCAAAGGACAGUGAUUCAGAGUUCUCUCAGAACAGAAGUCCACAGAGGAGGUCUUCUGAACAAGAAUCACCAAAGAAUAUAUUGGGAAACAGUCCAACGCGGAGUUCUCUGUCCCGAACCUCACCUAAAGCCUUGGCUCAGUCUCCUAAUGGAGUUGGCAACGUUUCUGGCUCUCACCUGUUGGAAGGGGUUGACAAACAAUUCUUAGAAACAUAUGACAGUGUUACAAAAAGUAGCUCGACAGAAGAUUCCAGUCAGUACUACUGUGAUAAGAAUGACCUAAUUGAGGGAGAUCUACUUCUGGUGCGUAUCAUACCAGAUGAAGACGGGAAGUUCGGAUUUAAUCUAAAGGGUGGUGUGGAUCAGAAAAUGCCAUUAGUGGUAUCAAGAAUAACUCCAGGAUCACCUGCUGAUAAAUGCAUUCCAAAACUGAAUGAAGGUGAUCAGAUAGUAUUAAUUAAUGGCCGAGAUAUCUCAGAGCACACGCAUGACCAGGUGGUCAUGUUCAUAAAAGCCAGCAGAGAAUCUCACACGAGAGAGCUUGCGCUUUUGGUCAGGAGGAAAGUACUUAAACAGUUUGUGGAGCCUAAAUCAGAAGAUGAAGCUGAUUCCCACAAUCUCCCAGAAUCUAUUCUUCCUAUCUGUUCUGAAUAUGGUGGUGAUACACUGGAGGAGUCUAUGGAGCAGCUAAGGAAAGGGCUGGAAAGUGGGACAGUCCUUAUCCAGUUUGAGCAACUUUAUAGAAAGAAACCAGGAUUGGCUGUUACAUGUGCAAAGGUACCUCAGAACAUGGACAAGAAUAGAUACAAAGAUGUUCUACCUUAUGAUGCCACACGGAUAGUAUUGCAAGGAGAUGAAGAUUACAUUAAUGCAAAUUAUGUGAAUAUGGAGAUUCCUUCUGUGGGCAUUGUGAACAGGUACAUUGCUACUCAGGGGCCUCUUCCACACACAUGUGCACACUUCUGGCAAGUAGUCUGGGAUCACAAGUUGUCACUGAUUAUCAUGCUAACAACUCUCACUGAACGAGGUCGGACCAAAUGUCAUCAGUAUUGGCCUGAUCCACCAGAUGUAAUGGAAUAUGGCAGCUUUCGUGUCAGAUGCCACUCAGAAGACUGUACAAUUGCUUAUGUUGUCAGAGAAAUGGUGAUCACAAAUGUUGAGACAGAACAGCAACACACCAUCACCCAUCUCCAGUAUGUUGCUUGGCCUGAUCAUGGUGUUCCUGAUGACUCCAUGGACUUCUUGGAGUUUGUGACCUGUAUGAGGCCAAAGAGAGUAGAGAAUGAGCCGGUCCUUGUUCACUGCAGUGCUGGAAUUGGUCGCACUGGUGUAUUGGUCACUAUGGAAACAGCCAUGUGCUUAAUUGAAAGAAACCAACCUGUUUAUCCACUUGAUAUUGUACGAAAAAUGCGAGACCAGCGAGCUAUGAUGGUGCAAACAUCAAGUCAAUACAAGUUUGUUUGUGAAGCUAUUCUUCGUGUUUACAAAGAAGGAUUGGUUCGACCACUGGAUUCCAGUUAGCACAGCAGUGAAGGAUGAAUACCUUUUUCCCCUAAAAAGACUGCUCUUUUAUGUAAAGCAAGGGCUUGUUUCUGAAAGCAACUAGAAUGGACUAGAAGCCCAUGAAAAGACAGAUGAGCACAUUUGAACUGUGGCACUUUAAAUUUCUCAAGAGGAUUGCUAAGUCAUGUACAGUAUAACAAAGUCAUGUAGAUAAAUAUAUGAGAGCAAAUGUGUGUAAAAUGCUUUAUUCACAUAGAUACCAUAAACAAUCAUGGAAACCUUAAUACAUCUCUUUUACUGCCUUAAAACACCCUUCACUUUGGAAGUUACAGAGGGCCUUGUGUUCAUUUUGGAAAUGCAAGAAGAAAGCUAAUAGUAUUGAAAUGAUUCAGCUUAAGGUGGUAUUUAAUAUCUUUGUAUUGUAUGCAAGUUCACUGAAAGUGAAUAUUUGUAGCUUUCUUAUGGGGACACUGGAAAUGUAACCUCAACUUUGGAAAGGCUGACAAAGAGCUUCAGAGACUAAUGCAUAACUGCUGUAAUCUAAGAGCUGGAGAAAUUAAGUAUUCGUUUACCAUAAAACUAUUAGUAAGUAUGCCAGCUGUUAUAAUAUGCUUCUUAGAAAUCACAUCUACUGUAUGUGAUGUGUGAAAUAAUGCUGCAUUUAAGCAUAUACGCAGAUGGUACAGUCUACAUCUUUUGUUGAUCAAAUUGAAAUGCAACUUGCCCUUUUAACAGUGACCUACUUACAGUUUUAGUUAUUUUACUUCCUCUGUUUCUGCUGUCCAUCUCCUUUAUACUUGUUUUUCAUUGCUGUUUCUGUGUGUGGACUGAAAACAUUUUAACUUAAAAUGAGGUUUAAUUGUUUUUCACCUCUGUUUCCAUGUGUAUUUAUGAGUUCUCAGGUGAAAAAAUGUGGAUUAACGUUGCACACAAGCACCAGGCUUUUGGCUUACUGUGUAUGCAAAGUAGUCUAAUCCAAUACUGGAAGAAAAAUUACUACUGAACCCAUCAAAUAUGUUGCUGCUAAUUCAAGGUGUGAAGCUUGCAAGGGCACAGGUGUUGCUAGUAUUCAGAUAGUGAGAAAGUGUUGACUUGCUGCCCUUCAGCAAAAACUGCUGCAGUGAAACAGAACUCCCUUUUUGCAAGAAUUCUGUGGAUUUACUGUGUUUAUUGCUUUAUGGAAAUGUGGCUAAAUUCACAGGAAGAUUUACAUGGAAAGAGAGAAUGAAUUUGGACAUUGACGAGUAAUUCACCCUAAGGUACACUGGUCUCCAUUUCAUUUCAAAUGGGAGAAUUGGACUUUCCGGACAAUAUAACCACAUUUGUAUGAUGGUAAUUUAUUUUGUGUGUUCUUUUUGGUUACCCUGAGAGAGUUCUUCAUUUUUUAAUAGUUAAAAAAAAAAAUACUCUAAGGGACUUUUUAAAAUACUUUAUUUAAAAGAUUAGUCCUAAAUAAGGAAAAAAAUUUAUGGGGCAUACUAGCCAGAUGUUUAUAUGUGUAUAAAAGAGAAAAUUAGAUCAUUUUCUUUAUAUAUAUAUAUAUACACAGAUACACAUUCAGAUAUAUUUUAGAAUUAUGGUCUGUAUAAUGGAUAUUAUCGUUUCUAUCUGGAGUUUCAUUAUAGAAACUGCCACAGCUGUACAAUAUGCAUCUCAUGUUACCAGAGGAUUGUGUUUUUUCCCCAGGAGAUAGCUGGAAAGUGAAUAUAGGAUGUGCUAAAUUGCUGGCUCUUGCCUUCUGUGUGUUUGGUCCUUUCUUCAAGAUUACAUUAUUACUUAUAGGUAAAGAAAAUACCUGGUUCCUAUUUAUUGAAGAAUCUUGAUUCGAACACGCAGGAUAAUUGGAAACAUGGAAAGCUUCUUGGCCUUUUUAGGUUGAAGGGUGAAUAGGUUUCAUAUUUACAUUCUUAUAUACUGCAUUCCAGAUUUCACUUCGAGUAAAAUUUUUGUAAUACUUUGGAUCAUAUUGCUCCUGCUUGAUUUGGCCCAGGUUGGAAGGCAAGAAACACUAACUCUGGGUCACUGAUAACUUGUUAAGCUGCAUCAGGUCACUCAGUCUGCUACUCCAAGUGUAAAAUUAUACAAGACAUGCAUAUGUUGCUUGGGAAGCCUUUUUGAAAAAUGCGUGUGGAAAAGUGUUGUACAAGUGCAGGCUGCCUGCUGCUGUUAGAGGGAAUAUCAAGAAGUGAGAAAACCUAGUGGCUUUUUCUCAUGUGAGAAGUGGUGGGCACUAAAGAAUCUGCCUGCUGGGUGGAUGGUUAAGAAAAGCCUCCCUUUUGUUGUGUGUGUAUCCUUCUGUUAAAACAUCUCUGGUUUUAUGGGUUUUUUUAAGUUUUGAUGUGCCCUGGUCUCAAAGUCAUUCCUUACAGUUGGCAUGACUUGCAAUUAAUAGUUUGUCAAGAAGUGAAAAAGGCAAGGAGUAAAAAAGCAAGAAAAUAAGUAGAAAAUAUCUAGAGCAUCUCUUUGUGGCAUCUGUUUCUUUCAUGGAAGUACUUGAUUAAACUUAAAAUUUAUUUGUGUUCCAGUUUAUUCCUAUAUAUCUGUUGCUAUUUAUGUUUCUUCAUGUUGAAUAUGUAUUUACCAAGACAGUGUAAAUUUAUUCCAUAUGUAACUCCAAUCUAAAGCUAUGUGGUUUAGGCUUGACUUAAAAUAGUAUGUGUGUGUUUAAAUGAUGAUGGUCAUAUUGUGACAACAAAUGCUGCUCUUGUUCUGUUAAACUUAGAUGGAUUCAGUAAUGCUAUUCCUGAAUUCAUAUUUGGAUUUUAAUAACUUCUCUGAAAUUGCUGGCCACUGGGAGACUACUCAAAGCUAUAAGUAUAGUAAUCUCUGUAAUAUUUGAUUAUUUUUUUUAAACAAUAGAGGAAAUAUUAAUGAUGUUAAGUAUCUUGUACAUUGUGUCCGUCUUUAUUUCAGUCUUGCUGGGUUUUGCACAUGUACCUCUAGGGUCCACGGGGGAGAAUGAAGGGGUUUUUGUCUUCUCUCUGUAGCGUGUGAUGACUUUGCACUGAAUGGUGUAUGCCUUAGGUUUGAUCUCACAACAAAAGCAUAAUUAUGAAAACAUCUGCUAAAUGCUGGCUUUUGUUUCCACAAGAAUUUGGAACCUAAAAGGGCACAGUUGAUUUGUUUCUUGGGGUUGUGGGGUUUUUGUGUUGGAGUUAAAACUCCUAAUACAGAAUUUUUAACUGUCAAGGAAAUGUCAAAUAGCAGAAAAUGCUCUGAAGUCAAGAUUCUGUACAACCUUCAGAAAUAACAGUUCAACCUUGAUUUUGCAUGUCCUUGUGUGAUCAUGACAAUAAGUAUGCAAAAUUUCUAGCGUGGCUGUGGAUGAAGAGGGUAGUAAUAAGCCUUUCAGGUUUUCAUCACUGUGAAAUACGCUAACAUUUAUUCUUCAGAAUUAAACAACUUUUAACUAAGUGGCUUUAUAUUUGAUACAGAAGUAACUAAAUGCCUAUUCAGAGUGUCUUCAGAAAUACCACAGGGGAACACUUCUGUCAAGGAGGUGGGAGGGACAGCUCUUACCAUAUAUUGAUCAUUAAAAAAAAUGAUGCAGUAAACCACGAUUCCUUUUUGUGUAACAGGAUCUAUGAAAUAGGAAUCAUUAAAAUACAACCAAACUUUUGAAUAGUGGUGGAGUUUUGGAAAAAAAAUAAAAAUAAAUUAAUCCAGGGUUUCAUUCUCAAUAAUCCUGUCUUUUAGGUGUUGGUACUAAGUGGUGUGCAGUCAAAAUGUACAUAAAAAUUCAGCAAUAGCUCUUCAUGUACACUUAUUUUUUCAACAGUUGGUUAUCUUUUUUCUUCCCCUCCUUUUUUCUACUAUGCAAUACUUCAUUAAGAAUUAACAUAUACGUUUUGAAAAAACUGUAGCUCUGAAAUAUCUAAUGAACUAUGCAUUUGUUUUAUUACAAGCAUAACAUGAUACUGUUUUACAACAGAUGUUCUUCCAUGUAGAUUGUUUUCUGUGUGUCAAACUAAAUGCAUAAAUGGUCCACUGGCUGAAAAUGUUGAAAAUUGACAUGCAUGGUUCAUAAUUAAACUUAAUUAUUUUACUGAUAAUGGCUUAAUUGUUAUAUCCUGAAAUUUAGCAUUUAAGUGCAAAGUAAAGCCUUUCCAGAAAGAAACUGCUCUGGGAAAUGUUUGUUUCAGUUGGUAACCUGCAAUUAGUCUACUUGGUUAAAAGCAUUUAUUAAUUGAAACUGUAUAGAAGGUAAAGUUGUGUCAUGAAAUACUUUGUUCAAAGGCACAUGAAAGCCAAGUGAAUGAUUAAUUAUAUUAAAAUAUUUUGAUUAAAAGGAUUCUCUUGCAUUUAAGUUCUGACACUGAUAGUGUUAAGCCAUCUCAGAUGACUGUUGUAACAAUAGCACUAUAUUAACAGUUUAAAUAUAGCAAUCUAAUCCAAUAUGAUUUCAUGUACUUUAACGUAUUUGAUGUUCUAGUUGUUCAGUAGCUGUACAAGCUUCAAACAGUAAGUAUCCACAAUCACUGAAGCCUGUCAUCUUUAAAAAAAAAAAAAAAAAGUCUAUGAAUGAAAGUAGUAGCACGUGGUAUUAAUAGAUCUAACAAUUUUUUCAGCUCAGAAGAACCCUAUGACAGCAGUGGUCUGAUUUGACCACUGAUGUAAAGAGCAAUUGUUGGGGACCAAGAAUGUAAUGGAAAAAGUAAAUUGUGUGGGCUGUUGACACCAUUUUAGUUUUGGCUGUAAUUAAAAGACCAGCAACUGUUGUUUCAGGGUUUUUUUGUUUGCUUUGGUGUUUUUUUUUAUUUUUGAAAGACAAAUUAAUCUCAAGAGGUGGUUUUGGCAAGAUGGAGUAGAAUGUGCCUUUGUUGACUCUUCUAGUUUUGUUGCAGACUACUUGCAUAAGAGUCUUAGAUUGUGAGUUAUUUUGAGCUUAGCUGCAGGUUUUGAAGCUAAUGAAAAUCUUACUUAAAAUAUUAAAGCAUUGGUUAUAAUAGCCAUUAAUGAAACACUUCAGUUUACUCUUAUUUGCUUAAGUUUUGUUUUCUUGGAUUUCAUUAUGUCAUUUCUUGUCUUGUCAUUGUUUUACCUUACAAAAACACUUGGAGGUUUCCCACAGCUGUAAAAAUGGCUUUGUCAUAGGCAGGCUAAGUGAUGCUCCUGUUGCUUAAGGUAUGAUGUUACUUAGCACCUGCUGAAGGUGCAAGUCUGAUGUUCAGCCUAUCCUAAACCGACCUCCUCUCUGAAGAAUUUAAAUAGUGCUGCUAACAACAGUAAAAAAAUCAUAAAUAUAUUUUGAAAUGUUUGAAUGUUUUCUCCAGGGCAGAUAAGACCUCAUUUGUCUUAAAAAAAAAAAAAACAAAAAAACUGGUUUUGUGAAAAUGAAAGUGGUUUUAACAGAUGAAAUGGGGGUAGGAUUUUUUUUUCCUUUGCAGAACACUUUUCUGUGUUUCAAAGGCACCAUUUCUCUUGGAGCAGUUUCUUUGCUAAAGAGCCCUACUGUUGAUGGGAUUUAAUUUUUGUCAGACUGACCCAGAAAAUAAUUUUAAGUUGAAUUUUUUCCUCGUUUACUUUGUGCUUUUAAGUAAUGUUAAACAAAACUGAAAUCUUUUCCUUCCAAAAGUAUUUUAGCUGUUUUCAUUUGAUGUCUUUUUCUGAGACAGAAAUGGAACUUGAAUGUGGCUGAGUAACUAAUGAGGUUGCCAUGUAUGCUAAGAGGAAACAAAUGCUUUGCUAGAUUUACUAUAUCCAUUAUGUAACAUCAGUUACCAAAUGAAAUCAGUCUAGCAUCAUAAUUCUUUACAUCAUCUUCACAAAUCUUUACAUCAUCUUUACAUGAUCUUUACAAAUCAUGCUUACACCUUUUACAAGGAAAAAAAUCGUGUAUGAAAAAAGGAACUGCUAGAAGUAUUUUCUUCACUUUGGCUGGCUCAGGUAGUCAUAAACCAAACUAGUUCUCAACUAGUAAGCAGUAUGGCCACAAAAGCACAGAACACUCAAUAUAAACCUAGUCAGCUGGUUAACUUCUUUUGAAGUGGUGUUUGUAACCCUGGCUCAGAAAUCAUUGCUGUGGGAUGGAAGGAGAAAGGGCUUCCUCCCUUGGGGCAGAGACUGAAAGCCUGCUCAGUAAGUCAGCAGUGGGGUUGUGCUUGUAUUUUCUAACCUCAGCAGACAACCUGGUAAGGUAAACUGUAUAUAUAUGAAUUUGCAAGAGUCUAGAAGCCUUUCAUUCUAGGAAGAAAAAACCGAAAACAAAAUAAAACAAAACAAAACAAACAAACAACAAAAACCCAGACCAGCCCUGCUAAUUUUCAUGGGCUUCAUUUGCUUCAGUAAAGGAGCAGCUUAGCAUGGUAGCAGCUGAGAUAUUCUUGGUCAGUACCCUUCUAAUGCAGAACUUCACAUACGUGAAUGAAAAUCUGAUAUGACUUGCUUCCUAGUUUUUAAUAGAAAUUAAAUUACUGUCUGUAGAAAUUAGGUGGAAAAUUAGUAAGUGUGCUCAAAUGUAGGUACAUUUCAAAUCCAGACUUUGCUAAAUAAAUUACAAGCAUCAAUGCUUACAUUCCAGUGAUCUGUGCAGUGAGCACUAAACAUAAUUUAUUCGGGUUUUUGCGCUUCAUUGUGUAACAUUAACAGAGAGAUAUCGGAUAAAUAUUGGGAACACUCUUCUCAAGGCUUUGAAAAUCUGCCAGGCAUUCAUAAUAACAAAUGAUGUAUUGGUAAAAACUGACCCAUCAUUACCACUGGUACAGAAAUGUGCUUAAUAGUACUGGAUUUAGUUACAUAACAGUUGGGAAAGCUAAAGUUUUGUUGGUGAUUUGGGUUUUUUUGCAAGCUUUUCAAAAGAUUCCACUAUUCCAGUUACUAAGUUUGUAUUUUCAUAUAGAUUCAGUUAUAUUUUUUUUGUCAGAGAUGUAGAAAAAGGUUGGAAGGUAGUAUCCCUUCAGUGACUCUGGAUAUUUUUCAUAUAAACAUUUGUUUCUGUAGCACUCUAUAGUUUCUUCUUCUGACCUCUUAGUGCAUUAAAGGAGUAAGAGAACAUAUUUGAUGUAUUUGGAAGGUAGGGAAAGAGUUUAUUUUGUAUCCUAAGCUGUACUUUUCUUUUAAAUCAUUUGAAAUGUAAAUUGAUGUUGAUAUUAAAAAGCUUUAAUUUAUUGUUUAAAAAUGUAGACACUUCUUCAAAUGAAUGUAUCAUUUUUCUUUUUUUAAUUAUUUUUAUAGGAAUAAAGUAUUGGUUAAUGUUUUCAGUAUAGUUUUCUGGGGGUUUGGAACUGUUUUGAACAAAAAUAUUACAGCCACCAUUUUAUGCUUAUUGAUUAUAUGGCUAAUGGUGAAAUAAAGCAUUUUUAGCUGUC